AAAAAAUGUUCGAGUGCGCAGCCGCAAUGGUGCUAAAAUGAUAGUUUGAAAGAUUUGAAUCAACAUUACUCCCAUAAUACAUUAUAUGUUGCAUAUGUAAAGGACAGUGCUAUGUGCAUGGAUGUAUGGACUACAAUAUGACAGUAAAUUGAAGUGCAAACCAUGUCUCUUGGUGGUACAUUGACAGUGAACACUUCUAUACCCUCUGGUACAGUACAAGCAGGGGGCACCAUCCAGCACGCAAUGCAUCAUACUGCCUACAAUGAUGGGAUGGACAGCGACCCAAGCUCUCCAGAUAGUACAUAUGACGAGAGUGAUCUGUUGCAUUCCUCAAUGCAGGAUGAUGUAGCUGCACAAUUAGCUGCAGCAGGUCCUAUAGGGGUAGCAGCUGCUGCAUGUAUUGCUACUGGGAAGAAGCGUAAACGCCCACAUUCCUUUGAAACAAACCCUUCUAUAAGGAAAAGACAACAGACAAGACUCAUACGGAAGUUGCGUAACACAAUAGAUGAGUAUACAACUAGGGUUGGACAACAAGCCAUUGUGUUAACAUGUACCCCUGGGAAACCAUCACAGUCUAACACUCCAUUCAAGGUGUUUGGGAGCCAGCCAUUAGAAUCUGUUGUUAGAAAUUCUCGUAAUAACAUCAUGAAUGAACUAGAAAGUGCAUUAGCAGCUCAGGCCCCUCUUGCCAAUCCAGAUAAUACUUCAAUGCAUGAACUUCCACCCCUCAACAUAGAUGGCCUCCCAACACCAGUUGAUAAGAUGACGCAGGCUCAACUGAGGGCAUUUAUACCAGAGAUGUUGAAGUAUUCCACUGGUAGAAGCAAACCAGGCUGGGGAAAGCCAGAAUGCAGACCCAUUUGGUGGCCUGAAGAUGUCCCAUGGGCAAAUGUUCGUAGCGAUGUAAGAACAGAGGAAAUGAAAAAACGGGUGUCAUGGACGCAUGCUUUGAGGACCAUUGUCAAGAACUGUUACAAGCAUCAUGGAAGAGAUGACCUUCUGCCAGAAUUUGAGGACUCUGGUCACCAGGGAGCAGGUGUACACUCAUUCUCUGGGGGCCCUCAUACUAUGGUUCAGACUAUUAGUAACCCUGAUGGUACAGUGUCCAUCAUCCAGAUAGACACCAGUCAGAUCCCAGCUGAUGCUGCCAACACUGCUGUUGUCACACUCAAUGAGGGAGGGGGCAGUCAUAUUGUACAUACUGUUGGGCCCAACCAAUAUUUAAUUCCAACAACAACGACACAUGGGGAAGCCAACCAGGCAGUGCAGACUCUGGCAGAGGUGGCUACAACCCAACAAGAUCUCACUCAAAUGGGGCACCCAAUCAGUGUCCAGAUUAACCAGGAUGAGCAGGGUAACACUGUUGCACAUAUACAACAAGAUGGACAGAUCAUCAUUGGUGAUGCCAACACUAUGGCCGGUGGAGGGGAUAACCAAGGGAGUAACCUAGUAACUAUCCCCGUGUCAAUGUACCAAGGUGUAGUCACAAACCUACAACAGAUCACAUCCUCAGUGUCUGAGAACUCUCAACAGUUAGAUAAUAGUCAAGUAGAACAACAGCCACUAGAAGAGAAUACUAUGGAGGUGAAUGAACAGAGUCAGUCUAUAGAGACAUCCACUAUAGAUAACACUGAGAUUAUGGAGGAAAGUAAAGUUGAGAUUGUUCCUGAUGCUACUCAUGCUGUAGAGGUUAUGACAGUUGAUACAUCAUCACAAUAGAUUGAUAUAAAGUGUGAAUCUCAGUUUUACGAAGAUAAUCCACCAUCAUCAUCAUCAUCAUAUGUUAUCAUGGAAUUAUUGUUUUCAACUUUUUACUGUAAAUACUGUAUGAUCAGUUCAUUUGGAUUUCACCCCAGGAUAUGGAACUAUCAAUGGAUGUUGCUGUCAACAUAGUGAGACAUUAGAUACAUGAUUCACGGAAUACCUUCAAGAAAUGGAAUUCUGGCUAAUUUGACCUAAAUUUAGUGAUACAUUACAGUUUAAUUGUUAGUAAGCGCAUGAGCUCUUACUGCAAUUGAAGUGUGACAGGAGUUCUGAAGGGAAUCUUGAUUUUCAAAAUUAAAAAAUCAAUGAGCAAGAUCUCAUUACAAAUCAAUUAGAAGUUACAAAUGUAUUGGCUAUUUGUCUUCCAAAAUCAGGGCUUUCAUGAAUUUUCAACCAGUGUUGUAAAACCUCCUGUUACCUGCUUAAUUCUACACAAGACCAGUUUUGUUCAGUUGGCAGUAUGAGGUCAGUCAUGGAACUAAUAAUGAGUGAAUGAUUAAUAAAGUAGCUUAUCAGAAAGGAUAUUUUGAUGACUAAAGCGUGUGAGUGGUCUGUAGAAUUUUAGCAUUUGUAAAGAUUUUCAGGCAACCUCUAACUUGCAAAUGAGUAGAUGAGGUGAAUUUAUUAUGUUCUUUGUUUUUGUCCAUAUCUGGAGUCUGUGUGUAUGGAGUUAUGAACUCACUUCAAUUUUUUAAUUUUGAAUAAUUUAUGUAAAUAAACAAAUAACAUAAUUGUGAAAUGUUUUAGUUUAUUUUUGAUAUAUUUGUAAAUAAUUGCAUAGAUUCUUAUAAUAUUAUAUUAUAGAUUUAAUCAUUGAUUCAAAAUAAAUGAUUGUUUGUUGAUACAUUUUGUAUGUUUACACUGCAGUAUUUAGGUAGAAAAAUAGUAGAAUGUGCUCAUAUUUUAUUACAUUGUAAUUGUUGCAAAAUACAUAAUCAAAAUGCUCUUUUUUGAAAGGGCCUGCAUCUCUUCUGCAUGUAUGUAGCUUUAAAAUACUUGUUAGGCACAGAUAUUUAGUAGUCAUUUCUUGAAAGAAGAAAUGUUUUAAGGAUUUAAGCCCUGGACCAUGAAAGUGUUGUUUCCAAACCUUUGCACGACCGCGCAGCGGGAAUGCACAGUUAAGG